CGGCAGAGACCACGCAAGGGGAGAGGCCGAACAGGGGCGGCCUGGGGGCCACGGAUGGCGGUGGAUUCUAUCCGGCCGAGGCGGCGGCGCUGGGGCUGAGGCGGCGGCAGGAGGAGGCGGGGCAGGAGGCGCCUCCCCUCACUCCUCCCCCCUCCCACCCAGGAGUAGUCUUCCCCAGGAAAGCGAAACCCUGGAAGUGGAGCCUGACAAGGAAGAGGAGUUCUCAGCUCACAAAGCUAAUUCUGAGACGGGCAGUCCCGAGCGCAGGCUGGGCUGCCAGGGAACCCAGGAGCUGGACUGCUCGUCCCAGUGGCUGGCUGACCAGAAUGAGGCCGGUUCCCAGCAUGCACUGGAGAAGGACACAAGCACUACAACCACAAACGAAGCUAUUGGGACGAGAGGCAAAGAGCAAGAGAGAAUUAAAAUGCAGAACAGUCCUACCCAACAGCACCAUGCGCUGCACACACAGGUAGAGUUGGAGAUUGCAUCAGACAGAAUGACGGGCAGCAACCCAGUAUCACCAGCCUCUUCAGGCUCACCUGCCUCAAGUGGCAGCAUCUCGCCAACACAUCUUACCCACGACUCCUCUCUGGACAGUCACCUGGGCUUUGAUGGUUCUAAAACGCAGAACAGAACCCUGGUAUCACCUGGGAUGUACACCUCUGCUGACCCAGCAAGCAUGUGGGACAAGACGCAUGCUGAGAUCGCUGAGCAGGCCAAGCACGAGGCAGAGAUUGAGAACCGCAUUGCCGAAAUGAAGAAGGAGGGUUUCUGGUCCAUGAAGAGGCUGUCCAAGGUGCCUGAGCCCGCCCGUCCCAAAGUGCACUGGGAUUAUCUCUGUGAGGAGAUGCAGUGGCUGUCUGCUGACUUCGCCCAAGAGCGCCGCUGGAAGAGGGGAGUUGCAAGAAAGGUUGUGCGUAUGGUGAUUAGACAUCAUGAAGAGCAGAAGCAGAAAGAGGAACGCGCCAAACGAGAGGAACAGGCCAAGUUGCGCCGCAUUGCCUCCUCGAUCGCCAAAGAGGUCAAGCAGUUCUGGAGCAAUGUAGAGAAGGUUGUUCAGUUCAAACAGCAGUCACGUCUGGAGGAGAAGCGGAAAAAAGCUCUGGACCUGCAGCUGGACUUCAUAGUAGGCCAGACAGAGAAGUACUCAGAUCUGCUGACCCAGAGCCUCAAUGAGACCCUUCCAGUUACCAGCAAGACCAGCAGCUCCCAUGCUGGCUCAACUGCCUCUAGUCCACCACCUCCCAGUCAACUUAUUGAGGAUGAAGAUGGCGACUUCCAACCCCACGAGGAGUCAGAUGAUGAGGAGACAAUUGAGGUGGAGGAGCAACAGGAAGGGAAUGACUCAGAAGCUCAGCAACGGGAGAUUGAACUGUUGAAGCAAGAGGGUGAACUGCCUCUAGAGGAACUACUGCAAUCGCUGCCUCCCCAGAUCCUGGAGAACUCCUUCAGCACGUCCCCUUGUGCCUCCAGCUCUGACAAUGAGGAAGAAGAGGAGGACAGUGAAGAGGAACAGGAGCAGGAAGAGAAACGCAUCUCCAAGAAUCUAAAGGGAAAACCAAAGCCUGUUGCUCAAAGGCAUAAAAAACCUUGGAAGCCUGAUGAGGAGGAUGAGGAGUUCACUGCCAAUGAAGAGGAAGCUGAAGAUGAAGAAGAGACAAUAGAUGCAGAAGAAAAGCUGGAAGGGGAUGUGGAUCACAGCAAAGAGCUUGAUGACCUGGCCAAAGAAGGUGAGCUGCCCAUGGAAGAGUUGCUGCAGAAAUAUGCUGGUGCCUAUGCCUCAGACUUUGAAAUGGAGGAGUCAGAUGCUUCAUCUGAGGCUUCAGAGCCUACCACCUCGGAGUAUGAAGAGGAGUCAGAAGAAGAGGACACCAGUAGCCAAUGCUGUCCUCAGGUGUUACAGGAUGAAGAUCGUGAAGGCGAGGGAGAAAAUGACUCGGCUCCAGCUCCAGGGCCCAAGAAGGAAAUCACUGACAUUGCAGCAGCAGCAGAGAGCCUGCAGCCCAAAGGCUAUACUCUGGCUACUACGCAGGUGAAGACACCCAUCCCUUAUCUGCUGCGAGGAAUUCUACGAGAAUAUCAGCACAUUGGCCUGGACUGGUUGGUUACUAUGUAUGAGAAGAAACUGAACGGUAUUCUGGCUGAUGAGAUGGGGCUUGGCAAAACAAUCCAGACCAUCUCCCUGCUGGCACACCUGGCCUGUGAAAAGGGUAGCUGGGGACCCCACUUGAUCAUUGUCCCUACCAGUGUCAUGCUGAACUGGGAGAUGGAGAUCAAGCGCUGGUGCCCCAGUUUCAAGAUCCUCACUUAUUAUGGGGCACAGAAGGAGCGCAAACUGAAGCGGCAGGGCUGGACCAAACCUAAUGCCUUCCAUAUCUGCAUCACCUCGUACAAGCUGGUGCUGCAGGACCACCAGGCCUUUCGACGGAAGAAUUGGAAGUAUCUGAUCCUGGAUGAAGCUCAAAAUAUCAAGAACUUCAAAUCCCAGCGCUGGCAGUCUUUGCUCAACUUCAACAGCCAGAGGCGGCUGCUGCUGACUGGAACGCCUCUCCAGAACAGCUUAAUGGAAUUGUGGUCCCUCAUGCACUUCCUAAUGCCCCAUGUCUUCCAGUCACACCGUGAAUUCAAGGAAUGGUUCUCCAACCCUCUGACAGGCAUGAUUGAGGGCAGUCAGGAGUACAACGAGAACCUAGUCAAGAGGCUGCACAAGGUGUUGCGGCCUUUCCUUUUGCGGAGGGUGAAAGUGGACGUAGAGAAGCAGAUGCCAAAGAAAUACGAGCAUGUCAUCAAUUGCCGGCUUUCCAAGCGCCAGCGUUAUCUCUAUGAUGAUUUCAUGGCCCAGGCUACCACCAAGGAGACCUUGGCAACGGGGCACUUCAUGAGCGUCAUCAACAUCCUGAUGCAGCUUCGCAAAGUCUGUAACCACCCCAACCUCUUCGACCCACGGCCCAUCCACUCACCCUUUAUCACGGAGGGUAUCUGCUUCAACACGGCCUCUCUUGUCCUGCAUGCCCUUGAUAACGACCCUUUCAAGCAUGUGGACAUGGGACCUUUUGACUUGAUCAAUCUGGAGGGCCGUGUUUCCCGUUACGAGACAGACACAUUCCUGCCCAAGUGGAAGGUGUCCAGGAAGCUGAUUGAGGAGAUUGCUGAGUCCCCUGAUCCUCCUCCCAGACCGAAACCAGUCAAAAUGAAAGUGAACAGGAUGCUGCAGCCUAUGCCCAAGCCAGAGAAUCGUACUGUGGUGCUGGUGAAUAACCCUCGUCCAGUAGCCCCCCUGCAGAGACCCCUGACGCCUAUCCUCCCAGAGACACUGACCCCUACUCUGGCUCCCAUUCAUCAUCCAGGCCCGGUCUUGCCAGGGUCCGUGCAACCCCCCACGCUUCCUGUCUCCAUUUCUCUCCCCGUGCCGCCUUCUCCAGUCACCAUGUCAAUACCGGUGCCUCCCUCUGCCAGACCACAGACCCCAACUCUAGUGCCUCCUCUGAGCCAGAACAACACAGCUGCUGCUCUGCUCCACGCCCAGGCGUCUGCUCCACAAGUCCUUCCCAUGGCGGCCAUGACUGCUGCUCAGCUGAUCCCAAACGCUGCUCGACAUACCUUACCGCCGACACCUGUUUCUCCCACUGCAACGACUGCCUCCUCACUUAAGCUUGGUAUACUGCCAGCUCCUGUGGGGCAGCUGCAGGCUGCUAGCACCCUAGCCGUGUCCACCCUGGGGCAGCCACAGGCCCCCAACGCCCUGGCCAUGUCUGCCGUGGGGCAGCUGCAGGGUAUGUCUGCCGUGGGGCAGCCGCAGACCCCCAGUACCCUGGCCAUGUCUGCAUCUACUGUGGGGCAGCCACAGGCCCCCAACACCCUGGCCAUGUCCACUGUGGGGCAGCUGCAGGGCAUGUCCAUUGUGGGGCAGCCACAGGCUUCCAGCACCCAGGCCAUGUCUGCUGUGGCCCAGCCGCAGGUUCUCAACACCCUGGCCAUGUCCACCAUGGGGCAGCCACAGGCCCCCAACACUCUGGCAAUGUCUGCUGUGGGGCAGCCACAGGCUGUGUCUGGUGUUGGGCAGCCGCAGGUCAUGUCGACCAUGGGACAGCCACAAGUCCCCAACAGCCUGUCUGUAUCUGCUAUGGGACAGACACAAGCCAUGUCCGCCAUGGGGCAGCCACAAGUCCCCAACAGCCUGGCUGUGUCUGCUAUGGGGCAGCCGCAGGCCAUGUCUGCCAUGCUGCAGUCGCAGGCUGCUAGCGCCCUGCCUGUGUGUGCUGUGGGACAGCCACAGGCUGCCAACACCCUGGCUAUGUCUGCUGUGGGGCAGCCACAGGCCCCUAACACCCUGGCUGCAUCCACCAUCGGGCAGCCACAGGCCAUGUCCAUUAUGGGGCAGCCACAGGCCCCCAACACCCCAGGCAUGUCCACUGUGGGGCAGCCACAGACCCCCAACACCCUGGCCAUAUCCACUGUGGGGCAGCCGCAAGCCCCCAGCACGCUGGGCCCAGCGUCUAUGGCACAGCAGUCCACCAGCACCAUGGGCUCAGGCACUAUUGGAGGGAUGCUGAAGCCGAUGAAUGUUCAUCCUGCCGUCCCCGCCUUGCCUGGCUACAACUUUGCAACUGCUGGAGCUCUGCAGCAACGACUUCUGCUGUCCCCAGAUAUGCAGGCACGGCUCCCCUCGGGUGAAGUCGUCAGCAUUGGGCAACUUGCAUCUCUGGCCAACCGGCCCCUCCAGAGCGCUCCGGGCAGCAAACCCCUCACUUUCCAGAUCCAAGGCAACAAGCUGACCUUGACGGGGACUCAGGUGCGCCAGGUCACGAUGCCUCAGCCCACCCGGCAGCUACCAAGGAAUGUAGUUCACCUGUUGUCUGCUGGGGGGCAGCACCACAUCAUCAGCCAGCCAGCACAGGUGGCACUGAUCCAGGCCAUGGCCCAGCAGGCAGGGCAGUCCCCUGUUGGGGUGCAGGCUGUGCCAGGCCACCAGCCGCCCACCAUUCUGCCUGCCCCAGCUACCACCACUGCCGCUGCAGCAGUUGCUUCUACGGCAACCAUCAGCGUCCCCAUUGCUGCCACCCAAGUGCCCUCCCCGGCAGUGAACAGCUCUGGUGUGGUGAAGAUCGUAGUGCGACAGGCCCCUCGAGAUGGGCUGCUGUCCCCCUCUCCUGGCCCACAGCAGCCACCGUUGCGCCCUGCUACACCAACAACUGCUGCUGCUUUGCCUGGCCUUCCGGCGUCUUUGAUGGCCCGUGCCCCACUCCCCAUGAAUCCUGUGCCACCAGUCAGGAUACCCACACAGCCGCAGAUGCCGCUGCGCCCAUCCACACCAGCUCCCCUCCAGGCCCUUGUGAGGCCCACCCUGCGAAUGCUACAGGCGCCAAACCCCAGCGUGGAACAACAGAUGGUGUCAGCUUCCCUGCCUUCCUCCAUGGCUCCGUUCGCUCUCUCCCCAGCUGGCACUGUCGCUGUCAGCGCCUCCCCUGCCAUGGCUCCCCAGACCACCUCAAGCCCAGUGCCCAGGGAAGAACCAGAGGUGCUGGUGCUCCGCUCCACAACACCCACUCCACCUCCCCCUUCGAUCCUUGCCCCGCGGCCAAGGCGACAGCCGCCUCCCCCGCCUCGAUCUCCCUUCUAUCUGGAAUCACUUGAAGAUAAGCGGAAAAAGCAGAAGGAGGAGCGCCUGGACCGGCUCUUCCGCCUCAACGAGCAGCACUGCAACCUCGCACCCAUGUAUGGCACGGAGGUGCUACGCUUUUGUACCCUCUUCCCCCCUGCGCCUGCCUCGUGGAGGAAUGAGGAGGGGGAAAGCGACGAGCAAGUGGAGGCAGCUCCAGACAUAGAACCGAAGGGCUGGAGAGGAGCCAGCUAUGCCCACUGCUAUGCCGCUCAAUUACAGAGGGAUCCCCAGAGCCUCGCAGCCUACUGGCAGCGCUCAGAGACCUUGGCCCAGGCAAUCCUGACACCCCAGCAGCGCAUCGAACAACUGACAGACAUUAUAGAGAGGUUCAUUUUCGUUAUGCCUCCUGUGGAGGCUCCUGCCAUCACCAUGCACACCUCUCACCCGCCCCCAUCGCUCCUGCUCCAGCAGGCUGUCUUCAAGGAGACACUGCGCCAAGAGUUCUCAUCCCGUGCCAGUUGUCUGCAUCGCAUUGUCUGCAACAUGAGGACCCAAUUCCCAGACCUGCGCCUCAUCCAAUAUGACUGUGGGAAGCUGCAGACGUUGGAUGUUCUGCUGCGGCAACUUAAAGCUGGAGCCCAUCGAGUCCUCAUCUUCACCCAGAUGACUCGCAUGUUGGAUGUGCUGGAACAGUUCCUCAAUUACCAUGGGCAUAUCUACCUGCGAUUGGACGGGAGUACUCGUGUGGAGCAGCGGCAGGCCCUGAUGGAGCGUUUCAACGCAGACAAGCGCAUCUUCUGUUUCAUCCUGUCAACGCGCAGUGGGGGCGUAGGGGUGAACCUGACCGGUGCUGAUACUGUGGUGUUCUAUGACAGCGACUGGAACCCCACCAUGGAUGCCCAGGCCCAAGACCGCUGCCACCGUAUUGGGCAGACACGGGAUGUUCACAUCUACAGAUUGAUCAGUGAAAGGACCGUGGAGGAAAACAUCCUGAAGAAGGCUAAUCAGAAGAGGAUGCUGGGAGAUAUGGCCAUUGAGGGGGGCAACUUCACCACAGCCUAUUUCAAACAGCAAACCAUCCGCGAUCUGUUUGACAUGCCACUGGAUGACCCAGGCAAGAAAGAAGGCGAGGCCCCCCUUCCAGCCCAGGAGGAGGAAGAGGACCCCAUGGCCACCAAGCAGGCUCAGAUUCUGGAGCAGGCUCUGUGCAGAGCAGAAGACCCUGAGGACAUCCGAGCAGCCACCCAAGCCAAGGCAGAGCAAGUGGCUGAGCUGGCAGAGUUCAACGAGAACAUCCCUUUGGAUGCAGAAGACAGACCUAGCAGGGAAGAGGAAGAGGAGAUGUCGAAGGCAGAGCAGGAAAUUGCUUCGCUAGUAGAACAGCUCACUCCCAUUGAGCGCUAUGCCAUGAACUUCCUGGAGGCAUCUCUGGAGGACAUCAGUCGAGAGGAACUGAAGCAGGCAGAGGAACAGGUGGAAGCUGCCCGCAAAGACAUUGACCAGGCUAAAGAUGAAGUGGUCUUCAAGCUGCCAGAAGAUGAAGACGAGAGCUUGCUUACUGAGGAAGUCUCCAGUAAGAAGAGCAAGAAGGGCAAGGUUUCCAGCCGCACAGCCUCAGAAAGGACGGGCACCCGCGUGAGCGAAAGGCUGCGUAGCACACGCCAAAUGCUGCGAGAUGGGGACGGCGGAGAUGCAGAGUCUCCCCAAGGGAGGUUGUCCAGCCUCCGACAUUCCCGGGUGGCGGCUGAAGAGGAGGAGGAGGGCCUGCCUCAAGUGGCCCAGCACACACGAGGUGCUGUCGUACGAAGGGAGCUGGUACGGGACGAAAUGCCAGUGCAUCCUGUCCCACACGCUCGGAGGACUGUGCUUCGCCGAGAGGAGCUGUGGACGAAGGCCCCAACCACGGGAGAGAGGCUGCAGAGAACAGCCCCGUACAGGACUGAGGCAUUCACUUCCAGAGAUAGGGCUUUGAGAACUAAUCCACACAGGACAGACACCCCACCUGCUGGGGAGAAGUUACUACGAGUUACUCCCCCAAAGCCCGAUCUAGGUGCUGCUGGUGAUAGGAUGCAAAGAGGAACUCAGCCUACUGGUGACCGGUUGCCCCGAGGUGCCCCACAAAGAACAGAUACCAGUGUGGAGAAAGUUCUGAGGUUGGGCCAGCAGAAACCUGUUGGGCUGGACAGACUCCAAAGCAGCCCCCCUAGGCCUGAGACCCCAACCUCUGAGGCACAGAUCCCCCAGCUCCAUCCACAAGGACUUGACAGAGAGGCGGUCAGAGUAAAAGUGGAUUUAAGAGAGCAGAAAAAAGGAGAAGUGUCCCCUUUCUGUCUCUCGUCCUCUGAAUCGCAAGCCUCCAAGGAUGCCCCAAGUGUUGAGCUAGCAGCAUGUCUGGCACAAGGUGGUCCAGUGGCCGUUGAGAAGCCAUUGAAUAUACAGACACCAGCUGACAGAGAGAAGGCCAUUUUGGAGAAGGCACCAGGCUUGGUCAGUCCAGUUGCCAGUAUGAAACUGCCACUUGAGAGCAAACUAGAGGAUUCACAUAAAGUAGGUCUUGCUGUGGGGGUGCAGGAGGAGUACCUGUCCAGGCCAGAAGAAGAAACUGAUAAGGGCAGCACUGUGGAACAACAAGAUUCACUGAACUCUGUGGAUGAUGUACCCGCACAAGAAGCUCAAGAGAGAACUCCUUUGGACAGUGUUGAUAGGACAGUGUCUCAGAGGGCCACCUCUCAGAGCUCAGAGGACACCCCUGUGGAAAACACAGGCAGAGCAACCCCUGAGUCCACUAGUGAAGCCACCGAGGCUGAAGUGCCUGUGCCGACUUCCCCAGACCACUCUGUGGCAGCUGCUGGUGGUCUCCCUCAACUGGAAAUUCUGCCUUGUGUUAAAGAACAAAAUGGUUUGGAGCAGCCUCCCAGAACUGGCAGCUCGCCUUGUCCUGUUCCAAAGUCCCCGAACGAGCCCAAGCCUAAAAUGUCGCCUCCAGAGACUGCACUGCCACCACCAGAGCCAGCGAGGCGUGAAACCAACAGCCUGAAGGAAUCACCCAAGCAGGGGGAAGGGGUGGCAGGGAAGCUGCUGCUUGGGGAUGAGCUGCAAAGCAAAGAAACUGAGGUCCCCCCUAGCUGCGCAGAGGAUGGCUCUGUACGAGAGAGUCCAUUAGCUACUGCUGUAAUCUCCCCAGGAGCUCUGUUUUCAGAUGAGAAUCCUUCACCAGCCAGAGUGCCCCGCCGUCGAACCAGUGCAGAUAUCCUGAUUCUGAAGAGCGGGCAGGGCAAAGAUGGCCCUGCUGCCAAAGUCUUGCGCAAGUUGCCAGGACGCUUGGUCACUGUGGUGGAGGAGAAAGAGCUGAUUCGGCGGCGGCGUAACCGUAUGCGCAGACUUGAUGCUGCCAGCAGCGCCAUGUUGAGUCCCAGCAACAGCUCAGCCCAGAGUGUGUCAGAACCAGAGACUUCUUCCUCUUCUGGCAAGGAGUUGCCAUUGCUCCGUGACUUACCUGCCCGUCGGAGGAUUGAACUGGAGAGCCGGGCAGCAGCCAAGGAGAAAGAUGGUGGUUUGAGAGAAGAGCUGCUCGUUAAUGCUUCCACUGAGCCUGUCAAACGCAAACGAGGACGUCCCCCCAAGAACAAGUGCCCUGAGCUCCAGAGUUCACGGUUGCCACAGCCCUGCCUUGAGCCAGCCCUGGAAACCAACCCCCAAAGCAAGGCAGUGGAGCCCAAGGUGCCAGAGGUCCCACCCCCAAAUAAGGCAUUGGAGAAAAAGACGCCCAAGACAAUCUCUGCCAAGAGACAGUCUCCCAAGAAUAAGAUUCAGAGUAGCAAGAAUGACUCUCCUGUAGAAAAGCGCAGGCGUGGCCGGCCCCCCAAGGUACGGGAACCCCCCGUCAUACCACCCAAGCCGCCUGCUUCCGAUAUGCUACCAGCCACACUUACAAAACCUCUGGUCCCAGAGCUAUCUUCUAAGGUGUCAGAGCAGCCGAACACACCCAUUGGGCCUGCCCCAGUGACAGAGGCAACAUCUAGGGUUAACGAAUCAGUAGACACUCACCCCAAAUCACCUUCCAUCUCAAAAACCUCCCCUAAGGGACGAAACCGCAUGACCACACAUCCCAAACCCACAUCAAAAUCUGUUCCCAAGGCAAAAGAGUUAAUGGCCAGGCCUGCAAAACCUCUUUCCAAGUCAUCUACAGAAGCACGUGAACCACUUGCUAGUCCACCUACUACACAGCCUUCCUCAGAGGUGCAGGGGCUGCCUUCUCCACCAUGCCCACCACCCCAGACGGCCCUUACUCCUCCAUCAGCAGAAACGCCUCCCAAACGGAAGAGGGGUCGGCCCCCGAAGAACUCAACCCCUCCCUGUGUGGAGGUGGCACGACCUCCACCUUCAACCUCUGACCAAGAGACCUCCCUAGAGAACCAGGCCCCAGCUCCCCCAGUUCGCAAGCGGCGGAGGCGCAGGAGAAAGGACGGACUGGGCCCAGCGUUGCCUAGUGUCAGCCAGAGCUCAUCGGAGGGUGAGGAUGCCCGGCCACUGACCAGACUGGCUCUGCUGAAGCGUGAGGAAAAGCCAGAGUCGGGCAGUGAGGGUUUAGCGCAGCCUUCCCCAAAGCAUGGGGUCACUGAGGGUCCGUCGUCAGCAGAGAGCAGUACUGGGGAGCAGCCUUCGAGCGACACCCCCUCCCGUUCCACACGUCUCCGGCCCGGCCAUCUUGUUCCACCACUGGAACGGGAGACCCAGCGACGGAAGCGGCGCUGCUCCUUGGGAGGCAGCCGGGUGAGCAACAGCAGCAAGUCCCCUGUUCCCCAAGUGGCCUCAGAGCAGGAAGGUGGGGAGUCGGAGUCCUCCCUGCGGUCGUCUUCUGAGUCAAGCGGUAACAAAAGCGUCCAGCAGCCCAAGCGCCGGUGCUGUGGAUCUGGAGGGGGCCGCGGCAGAGGGAGGGGCCAGCGGCACCGUGGGGGUUUGGCCAGCCGUAUUCUUCGCAGCACAGCUAAGCCCUCCGAGAGCACCCGCUCAACCUCCUCCCCCAUCCCCACACGAAAAGCAGGCCCGGCUUCCACGUCCACCUCGGCAGGGGCACCCGCUGGAGCGCCCUCCGCUGCCACCUCCCCAGCCGCUCCACUGACCUCUUCACUAAGUAACAGAGGCCGCAAGCCCAAGACGUGACCACAACGCAAGAAGUUACGACGUAACUUCUCUGCGGGGGUGGCUCAGUGGCCGUUCCCUCCCCUGCGCAUCUCUGAAGCGGAUCUAGCCUCCGCCCUCCCCUCGCUCUUACUCCUCCUCCCCUUCACACUGGGGCAGCAGAUGGGGCUCAAGACUACCCACACAGCUCCCUGCAUUCCAGACUUGACUGUUAGUGUACUACUUGAACGGAGGACGGUGAGCACACUUCAUUCCCAGUUGCUUCCUGAGUGGGGCAAGGGACACUCCUGCUGACGGUAUCUCGCUACCUGGGUAUGUCACUCAGCUGUUCUGUCACUACGGGAGGUGGCAUGGCCAGCACUUUCUCCAUGAAUUCUGCUACUUUCCUGAUUGGGGAGGGGGAAACAGCUCCUAGAGUUACACUACAGGGGCCCACACCGUCCGUGAAUGCCCCAGCAGCUCAGUACCAUGGUGGGCUUUCUAGGCGCUCGCAUCCCAUAUGUCACCUUUGGGGGUUACGUGUCAGCCCCCUCCUUUUCCCACCUCCUCCCCCAUUUCCCUCCCCACCCCAAAAGUAACACAGGGGAUGCCUCCUGAUUUAUAACAUGGCUAGCUCUUACGUUUUUUAAAUAGCUUUAGGUUGGUUUUUAAAUGACAGUGACCAAAUGCUGGCUCUCUCUCUCUCCCCCUCUGGAUUGUCCCCCCACACACACACACGCACGCACACACACAGCUUAUUCCGUUCUCAGCUCGGAGCCCUCUUGAGGCACAGCAGUGGGCGAGUGGAGUCCUCAAAAUGAGGUGCGAGGCUCCCCCACAGGGAAGGUGGUGCCUCCACUGCUUGCGCCCACCACACCCACACACUCUCAAACACAGGCAUUCACAGGCACCAGGAGAAGAAGAAAACUCAUUUUUAAUGAUGUAAAUUGCAGUCUCACUGCUCCAAGAACUCUGUGGGUAUCUCAGUUUGCUUGGAUCCCUCUCCCUUUCCUCUUCCCCCCCCCCCCCACACUCUGUGUACAGCUCUCAUUGUAAAAUAGGUUCUUUUGAACAUAAUCUAUGCAAAGGUUAUUUUGUAUAGGGGAGCACAACGUUCCCUCCCCUCCCCCACCGCAGUGGGAUGAAGGGGUGGCAGUGGUUCUCUGGUUUUGGGGAGGGGGUGCCGUUGGGGUGGAGGGGGAGGUGUUCCCAUGGAGCUGUCUUUCCUACUGAAGCAUGUUCAGAACUUGUACAGAAGACCGAUGUAAUCUUUCUUCAGAAUAAUGCUAUGAAUAAAGUGUUAAAAAAAAAAAGAAAAACCAACAGCACACCAAA